AUGAAUCGCCAAGGCCACGAGAGCUCCAAAGGGAGCUCCUCCCUUGAGCAACCCGAAGGGAGCUUAUCCCACGAGCAACGUAUCUCCCAGGGCAGCUCCGAAGCUCUAGCUGCAGAUGACCGAGCCAUAUUCGCGCAUAUACGCCCUGAAGAGCGCCAGGAGCUGACUCGCAUCGCCUCCAACUUUCCCCGUCGUCCAACCCUCGAUUCAGAUCUCAGUGGAAUGACCGAAGUGGAGCGGAAGGAUACGCUAGAGGGCGUGGAGUUGGGAGACCCUAUCCUCGAUCCAGCAAGCGAUCAAUUCGAUCACUACGAAUGGGCUCGUAUGAUGCUGAAGCUGAUGGACAGAGAGGGUGUCCCUCUACGCAAAUCGACAGGCGUAGUCUUUGAGAACCUCAAUAUCUCCGGAUCGGGGUCUGCGCUUCAGUACCAGAACAACGUGGGUUCGGUUCCACUGGCCCCAUUUCGUCCCCAGGAAUACCUUUCAUGUGCGAAGAACAUACCACAGAAGCAGAUACUUCGGAAUUUCGACGGUGUGCUCAAGAGCGGAGAGCUGCUCAUUGUCCUGGGACGCCCGGGCAGUGGCUGUUCCACUUUCCUCAAGUCCAUUACUGGGAAACUCCAUGGACUUAAAGUUGGCAAGGGGUCCGAUAUUCAGUUUAAUGGAAUCAAUAUGGAAAGGAUGUACAAAGAGUUUAAGGGUGAAGUCUUGUACAAUCAGGAGGUUGACAAGCACUUCCCCCAUCUUACUGUCGGUCAAACACUUGAGUUCGCUGCCGCAGCUCGGACUCCGGAAAACAGACUCUGUGGAAUAUCUCGCACAGAGUACGCCAAGAAGAUUACACAAGUUGCCAUGAAUGUGCUCGGUUUGAGCCAUACAUACAACACGAAAGUCGGUGAUGACUACAUCCGAGGUGUUUCUGGUGGUGAAAGGAAGCGAGUUAGCAUCGCUGAGAUGGCCUUAUCUGGAGCUCCAGUCGGGGCUUGGGACAAUAGCACCCGAGGUCUAGAUUCUGCAAGCGCUCUGGAAUUUGUCAAAGCUCUAAGAGUCUCAGCCAAUCUCACCGGCAGUUGUCACUCCGUCGCUAUCUACCAAGCAUCCCAAGCAAUCUACGACAUUUUCAAUAAGGUAAUCGUGCUAUAUGAAGGAAGACAGAUCUUCUUUGGACGAUGCAGCGAAGCCCGAGAGUACUUUAUCGAGAUGGGCUGGGAUUGUCCACCUCGUCAAACGACGGGUGACUUCCUGACUUCUGUGACUAACCCGUCGGAAAGAAAGGUUCGAGAAGGAGUGCAGAGUGUCCCUCGCACGCCGGACGAUUUCGAAAAAUAUUGGAAGGAAAGUCGUCAUUACGUGACGCUCCAGAAGGAGAUCUCUCAGUACCAUGAGAAAUACCCGCUAGGAGGGGAGGCUGGAAAGGAGUUCCAUGAAACGAAAAGGCUGCGACAGGCGAAACAUGCGCAUCCAAAGAGCCCUUAUAUCAUCACAAUUCCGAUGCAGGUCCGCCUUUGUGUAAAAAGAGCGUAUCAACGUAUCUGGAACGACAAGCCAUCGACCCUGACCACUGUGAUCGGUCGGAUUGUCAUGUCCCUGAUCAUCGGUUCGAUCUACUUCGGGACCCCCAAUGCCUCUGCCGGGUUUCAGAGUAAAGGUGCAGCACUGUUCUUCUCUGUCCUUAUGAAUGCCCUUAUCAGUAUCACCGAGAUCAACUCGCUUUACGAUCAACGGCCUAUUAUUGAGAAACAAGCUUCCUAUGCCUUUGUUCAUCCAUUUACUGAGGCGUUGGGGGGCAUUGUGGCCGACAUACCAGUCAAGUUUGUAUCAGCGGUUGUAUUUAACAUCAUCUUCUACUUCUUGGCUAGCCUACGAUACGAACCCUCUCAAUUCUUCAUAUUCUUUCUCUUCACUUUCCUCAGCACUCUGACCAUGUCAGGAGUCUUCAGAACACUAGCUGCAUCUACUAAGACACUUGCGCAGGCCAUGUCUAUGGCAGGUGUGAUUGUUCUUGCAAUUGUGAUUUACACAGGAUUCGUAAUCACAGCACCGGAGAUGGCCAAGAUUCCAUGGUUCAGUUGGAUUCGCUGGAUCAAUCCAAUCUUCUACACAUUCGAAGCAAUAAUCGCCAACGAAUUCCACGGUCGUCGAUUUGAAUGCUCGGCAUUUGUGCCUGCCUAUCCAAGUUUGUCGGGUGACUCGUUCAUUUGCUCUGUCAGAGGUGCCGUUGCAGGAGAGAGAACCGUAUCUGGGGAUUCUUAUAUCGAAAGUCAGUACUCCUACUCGUAUGCGCACGAGUGGAGGAACCUCGGGAUUCUUAUCGGAUUCUGGAUUUUCUUCAUGGCUCUCUAUCUCAUUGCCUCGGAGUUGAACUCUUCCACGUCUUCUACGGCGGAGUACCUUGUCUUCCGGAGAGGGCACGUACCUGCUCACCUACUUCAUCUGAAAGGGGGAGGCGAUAGCUCUGCUGAAGUGGCACCGAUCUCUAAGUCCAAGGAAGGGAAAGAGGACAAGAAUUCUGCCAUUCCAUCUCAGCACGACGUGUUCACCUGGCGGAACGUCUGCUAUGAUAUCCCGGUCAAGGGCGGCGAACGGCGUCUUCUGGACAACGUAUCUGGAUGGGUCAAGCCCGGUACUCUCACAGCGCUAAUGGGUGUAUCUGGGGCUGGAAAGACAACUCUACUAGAUGUUCUCGCGAAGCGUGUCUCGAUAGGUGUUGUGACGGGCGACAUGCUCGUAAAUGGCAAGCCACUUGAUACCAGCUUCCAGAGAAAGACGGGUUAUGUUCAACAGCAGGAUCUACAUCUUCCCACUAAUACCGUGAGGGAAGCUUUAAGAUUCAGCGCAAUGUUACGCCAGCCAAGCACUGUCUCUAAGAAAGAAAAGUACAGAUAUGUCGAGGAUGUGAUAGACAUGCUCGGUAUGCAAGACUUUGCGGAUGCUGUGGUUGGUGCUCCUGGUGAAGGUCUGAACGUUGAACAGAGGAAACUGUUGACCAUUGGUGUCGAAUUAGCUGCCAAGCCUGCGCUUCUAAUCUUCUUGGAUGAGCCAACUAGUGGCUUGGAUUCACAAAGUUCAUGGGCUAUUUGUUCCUUUUUGAGGAAGCUUGCUGAGCAUGGCCAGGCUGUUCUUAGCACCAUUCACCAACCGAGUGCACUGCUUUUCCAGGAAUUUGACCGUUUGCUAUUUCUUGCAAAGGGAGGUAGGACGGUCUACUUUGGCGAGAUUGGUGACCAGUCCCGGACCCUCUUGGAUUACUUUGAAAACAACGGAGCCCGGGUUUGUGGCUCUUCAGAGAACCCCGCAGAGUACAUGCUCGAAAUCAUCGGUGCCGGAGCUUCUGGAAAGGCCACAAAAGACUGGGCAAUCGUGUGGAACGAAAGCCAAGAAGCAAAGAAUGUUCAAUCCGAGCUUAACCGAAUCCAUGAAGAGCGAUCUUCGGCAGCGAGCAAUAAUGAAGGAGCUCAGCAAGGCGAAUAUGCCAUGCCUUUUACCCAACAGCUACUCUACGUUACCCAUCGCUCGUUCCAAGCUUUCUGGCGCGAGCCGUCCUACGUAUGGGCAAAGAUCAUGCUAGCAACAUUAUCAUCGUUGUUCAUAGGCUUCACAUUCUUCAAGCCAGAUAGUUCUCUCCAAGGCUUCCAGGAUGUGAUCUUCUCAGCCUUCAUGCUAUGCUCCAUCUUCUCCACACUGGUCCAGUCUAUCAUGCCCAAAUUUGUGGUUCAGCGAUCUCUGUAUGAAGUGCGCGAACGACCCUCAAAAGCCUAUUCAUGGGCUGCUUUCCUCAUUGCGAAUGUCAUUGUCGAGAUACCCUAUCAAGUAUUUGCCGGAAUUAUUGCUUGGGCGUGCUACUACUUCCCAGUAUAUGGAGCGGAUCAAGCAGCACAGCGUCAAGGCUUGAUGCUUCUGUUCGUGGUCCAGUUUUACAUGUUCACGUCCACAUUUGCUGCACUGGUUAUCUCGGCUUUGCCAGAUGCUGAAACGGGUGGUACAAUCGCGACAUUGAUGUUCAUUAUGACACUCACCUUCAACGGUGUCUUGCAACCACCCAGCGCUUUGCCCGGAUUCUGGAUAUUCAUGUAUCGCGCCUCUCCAUUGACUUACCUGAUUGCCGGCAUAGUGGCCACAGGCUUACACGGCCGGGCUAUCCAGUGCUCGACUGCUGAGCUGAGUGUUUUCAAUCCCCCAAUUGGCUUGACCUGCGGUGAUUACUUGGAUCCUUAUGUCAAGGCUGCAGGGGGGCAGUUGUACAAUCCUCUUGCCACAAGCGGUUGUCAGUACUGCAAGCUUUCCAAUGCUGAUCAGUACCUGGCGGCAAGUAAUAUCUACUACAGUGAACGUUGGCGCAACUUUGGCAUUGGAUGGGUCUAUGUUGGAUUCAAUAUCUGUGGCACAGUACUGAUGUAUUACAUGUUCCGUGUCAAACACUACAAUCCCACGUCUCUGGUUCGGGGUAUUCGCCAGAGUGCCUCGUUCAUCUGUCGUGUAUUCAAGCGACGAUCUGGAGAGACGCCCAAAGGAAAGGAGGCAAACAACGGACGCUUAGUGUAA